AUGGCCGCUGCAUUUAGACCAGUAAAUUCGCCUUUGCCUGGUGCCGAUGUAAAAAUGGACGACAAGAUGAUGACGACGUCACCAACCACCCCGAAGCCAAGCACUGCACCGCUCCCGCGGACACCACAGGCCAUGGCCGAGGACGUGAAGACGCCCACGAAAGCAACUUUCAGCAGCAGUAGCAGCGGCACCGCCGGUCUGGCAUCCCAGAAGCCUUUGCCAAGUUCGCCAUUUCCUCAGGCUGUCCAGGUUCCCGAGAGUGCCGAGAAGGUCAAGACCCCGACAAGAGCAAACUCACAACACUCAAGGAGAUCAAGGGACUCGGAGGAUGUGGACAUGGACGAGUCCGAUGGCGAAGGUGAAGAGGGAUCUGAUGACGACAGCGUUAAUGCCGAUGGCACCAGAUCCAACAAGAAGAAGAAGUCGCAGCGAUUUUAUUGCACGGAUUACCCGCCCUGCAACUUGAGUUUUACUCGAAGCGAACAUUUGGCCAGGCACAUUCGGAAACACACCGGCGAGAGACCAUUCCAGUGUCACUGUUCGCGCCGUUUCUCCCGUCUCGAUAACCUGCGACAACACGCACAGACGGUGCACGUCAACGAGGACAUCCCCAUAGAUUCCUUGGCAGCGACUGGUGCUAGAUUCCAGAGGCAGAUGCGCACUGAGCGUGUGCGUCAGCAGGGCGGCAGGGCUCGCGCUUCAACAGCUGGCAGCGCGCCUGGUCCCGUCAGGGGUCACUCCAAGUCACUGUCGACAUCUAGCAUCGCCAGCGUGGGCUCCAUCGGCUCAGCCUUUGGACCUCGAGACGACAUUCGACGACGCCCGCCGCCUCUCGUCAUGGCAAGCGACCCCCGCUCCCGCCUGUCACUCGAAUCGUACCGAAGUGCCGGAGACGGUCCGUACGGCUAUCGCCCUGUCUCGCCAACUGACUACAGCACGCCGACGUCAGCGACCUUCUCUACUGGUCAAAGCAGCCCACGAUGGGGUUCGGCAAUCGCUUCUCCCACCACCACGCACUCCCGGUCUCACAGCAUGUACUCUUCUGGCUCACGAACUCCGGGCCGGCGACUCAGCGUGCCGUCCGGCGUCAACCCUUUCCAGUCACCGCACGGCGCACCGGUCAACAGAAUUGUCUAUGGCAAUGGCCCCGUCAACACUUCCAACAUGGGAGCCUUCUCCCCCGCCCCCAGCAGCCAUCUGGCAUCCCCGACAACGCCGACAUCCGCAUGGUCUGGAAGGAGGGACUCGACCUCGUCUAACGCAGACGAGGCUUGGCGUAGGCGAACUUGGCAUCCUGAUACAAGGACCUUCAACACCAACACCAGCCACCUCAGCAACGUACUCACUCCCGGUCAAAUUCAGCCGAAUCCCGCGCCGCCCAUCGUCAAUGCUCCCAAUCCUCAGCAGACGCUUCGGUUGCCUGGCAUUGAAUCCUUUGAUCCCCUGCCAUCAAGACAGGUGUCGCCUCCCAAACGGAUCCCGUCGCCGAUGAUGGUCGAUGCCGAGGGUACUCACCGCCGCCCCAUGCACCCCGGCACCGAAGCUGUCGCUGAUGAACGGCGGAACGUGGCUCAAUGGGACAUGAGCUUGCACCGCGGCCUGACAAGAUUGGACAUUGCUUCUAACACGACACCUCCGCGCGAUAGCGCUGGUGCGUGGGCAAACGAAGUGAACCAGGCAGUGCAGGCACAAGCAGAGCAGGUACGCUUGAACCCGCCGACCGUGAGGUUCGAGGUCGACCCGCCUUCGUAUGCCAACUCGGGCGCAUUCACCCGCAACCACCAGCACACGAUGUCGGCGCCGUCUUUUGCACACAGAGACACCAAACGCCACGGAUGGUAUCAUGGUCCCAUGGGAAGCAACGUCCAUGGACCUCGCCCGGAAGCGCCUAGCCAAGAUCCUCGUGGACCCCACGUUAACCGUAUGGUCCAUCCCAACAUGGGUCACUUUGCUGGAUUUCCCGGACGACAGCCUGAGCCGCAGCAAGCCCAGCAGCAACAGCCUGGCAACCCUGACCCUCUGAGACGGUUGGAGGCAUUGGUGGCCGUUGCCACGAGCGAGGGAACCACUGCCACCGCGUACUAA